CUCUGUCCCCUGCAUCUUUUGCAGGAAAGCCGGAGGUUAGAUUUAGAAUGCAUUUCAGCAGCAGGCAUCCAGCUAUCUCCCAGUGGAUCACAUUCCUUUUAAAAUGCACCCUCUUGGUCUUUAUCGCUAAUAUUCAACUUGGCAGUGCCAACCCAGACCCAUUUCUUAUAUACAGCUCUGACGCUGAAGGAUGCCUGGAGGUUCAGGACUCUGUGGUUCGUGUCACCCGGCCGUGUAACACCAGCUCACCCAUGCAGCAAUGGCUCUGGGUUUCAAAAAGGAGGCUCUUCAAUAUCGGCAACUUGCAGUGCCUAAUGUCUGUUACCAACGACUCAUCGAAUACACUCUCUACCUACCAAUGUGAUGAGAACCUUUUCUUUAUUGGGAGAUGUGAAUCCUUUAUAGAAGUCUUCAAUGCUGCUCUACUACCGCAGACCUCUAAUGCCACCGGCUUACUUCUGCCACCAGCUAAAACGAAAAACCAGUGGCUGAUCUUUGGAACUAACAAAAGCAUCUGUUCUGCCACGUUUCAAGAUAUUUACACUAUUCAAGGAAAUUCCAAUGGUCGCCCCUGCGCCAUCCCUUUUAAGUACGACAAUCAAUGGUUCUAUAGCUGCACCAGCACAGGUCGGGAAGAUGGACACCUCUGGUGUGCGACCACUGUUGACUAUGGCAAAGAUGAAAAGUGGGGUUUCUGUCCUGUAAAAAGCACUGACUGUGAAGCAUUCUGGGACAAAGAUCCACUAACUAACAGCUGCUACCAGUUUAAUUUCCAGUCCACACUGUCAUGGGCAGAAGCUUGGACCAGUUGCUUGCAGCAAGAUGCCAAUCUCCUCAGUAUCAAUGAAAUACAUGAGCAGACGUACAUUAAUGGCCUCCUGACUGGAUACAGUUCCACUCUCUGGAUAGGACUCAAUGACAUUAACGUCAAUGGAGGCUGGCAGUGGUCUGAUGGAUCUCCAUUAAAAUACUUGAACUGGGAGAGUGAUCAACCAAGCAAUUCAGAAGAAGAAGACUGUGCAGUAAUUCGUACUGAAAUGUCUGGUGCCUGGCAGACCCGUAACUGCUAUAAUGCUCUGCCCUAUGUAUGCAAGAAAAGCUCCAAGAAGAAUCCUCCGCCUGUAGAGCCCAUUGAGCCAGAUGUUGUAAAGUGUGAUUCUGGAUGGCAGAAUUAUGGCACAAACUGCUACCGUCUGACUAGAGAGAAAAAGAGCUGGCAGGAAGCAAAGAAGACAUGUGUGCGGAAUGAGGGCAACCUCGUCAGCAUCCAUAGCCUACUAGAUCUGGCAUUUGUCACCAAUCAGAUAAAACAAGAUGUAGAAGAGCUGUGGAUUGGACUCAAUGAUAUCAAGCACCAGAUGAAUUUUGAAUGGUCAGAUGGGAGUGCCGUCACCUUUACGUCAUGGCAUCCUUUUGAGCCUAACAACUUCAGGGAUAGCAUGGAAGACUGUGUGACCAUCUGGGGACCGGAGGGUAAAUGGAAUGACAGCCCUUGUAAUCAGACCCUUCCAUCUAUCUGCAAGAAGCCUGGACAAGCCACACAAGGAACCACUGAGGACCACCAAGGUCCCUGCCAAAAGGGCUGGAGCUGGCACAGUCCAUCUUGUUACUGGCUCAGCGAUGAGGAGUUGACAUACAAUGAAGCUAUUAAAUCUUGUUCUGAUCGUGCCUCUAGAGUGGUCGUUAUCCAGAACAGGUUUGACCAGGCUUUUGUUAAUAGUCUUCUAUAUGAGUCUGAUGGGAAAUAUUACUGGACAGCGCUUCAGGAUAUGAAUCGCACUGGAAUUUUUCGCUGGUAUGGUGGGGAAGAAGUGAUUUACACUCACUGGAACAGAAAUGAACCUGGUUACGAUAAAGGGGGAUGUGUUGUGUUGGCUACUGGAAGGUCUCUUGGUUUGUGGGAGGUAAAGGACUGCAAUUCAUUCAGAUCAAAGUACAUCUGUAUGCAGACUCUUCUCCCAAUGGUCCCUCUGUUACCUGCAGCCCGGCCCACCCCUAGCGUUAAUGGAAGUUGUCCUGAUGACUGGAGCUCUGCACCCAAUCUAAGGCAUUGCUAUAAGGUCUUUCAUUCAGAGAAUCUGAGGGAUAAAAAGACUUGGAGAUCAGCUCAGCUAUCUUGUCGGGAAAUUGGGGCUCAGUUGCUUAGUAUCUCCAGUGUUGAAGAGGAGCAUUAUGUUGCCCAUCUACUGAACAAAAUCUUUGGGGAAUCAGAUUCUGAGGUCCAUGAACAACACUGGUUUUGGAUUGGCCUUAGCCGAGGAGAUCCCAGUGGUGACCAAAGUUGGGUCUGGAGUGAUGGACAAGGGUAUGCGUACCACAACUUUGACCGCAGCAAUCAGGAAAAUGACGACAUCAGGAGAUGCGCGGUGUUAGACCUUUCAACCCUGCAGUGGGUGGCUCUUGAAUGUGAGUCUCAGACAGACUGGAUUUGCAAGCUUCCUAAAGGAACAGGUAUUAAAGAGCCAGAUGUUCCAAAAGGAAACACAGAGUGGGUCAAGUUUGAAAGUGCAGAGUAUAAGUUUUUUGAGCAUCGCUCCACAUGGCUGCAGGCUCAGCGGAUUUGCACGUGGUUUAAGGCUGAGUUGGUGUCUGUUCACAGUCAGGGAGAUCUUGAUUUCCUGGGGCAAAAUCUACAAAAGUUCUCCCGGGGACAGGACCAGCACUGGUGGAUUGGACUACACACUUAUGAAAACGAUGCAAGAUUCAGAUGGUCAGACAGGUCCGUGCUCAAUUUUGUAAAUUGGGCUCAAGGACGGCCGGGUCGCGUUACUAGAGAGAAGAAAUGUGUAUACACAAUGGCCAACCGUGAAUGGGGUGAUCAGAAAUGCAUCACUGCGCUGCCCUAUAUCUGUAAAAGGAGCAACGGAUCGGCAACGCCGCUACCCACCCUACCACCUCUACCAUCACCCAAUGCUGGAGGAUGCCCGAAGGGCUGGCUGCCAUUUCUGAACAAGUGUUUUGGAGUGAGGGCAGACAGUAAGGUUGACAUCAAGACAUGGCAACAGGCUCGAGAUUCCUGCAAAAUUCUUUCGGCUGAAAUUGCCACAAUUGACAACUACUUGGAACAAGCUUUCAUUACAUCCAUUCUUCCGAAUAUUACCACUGACCUUUGGAUUGGCCUUCAUAAUGGUCGACAAAGAUUCCAGUGGGAGGAAGGCCAACCAUUGUCUUAUGUGAACUGGGCUCCAGGUACCCCAUCCAGACAGAGCGCAUCCAAUGGCAAGAUGAUUAGCUGUGCCGCAGUAUGGCAUGGUUCACCACCUCUGUUUACCGGACGAUGGGAAGACAAACUCUGUCUGGAAAAGUAUGGCUACAUCUGCCAGAUAAACAAAGUGGCCGCUCUCAGCCCUCCUGCAGAGCCAUUUCCAUUUCCAACUGGCUCUACUCUGCGCUACAGGAACCAUUCGUACCUGAUUCUGCAAAAACCAAUGACUUGGUCAGAUGCCCGACUCCUGUGUGAGACUCGCAACGCUACCUUGGCCAGUAUCAUCAAUCCAUUCCAACAGGCUUAUUUGACCUUGGCAGCCGUCGGUCAGAAAACCCCUCUGUGGAUCGGGCUAUCAAAUGAAGAUGGUAGUCGAACAUACUCUUGGCUCACAAAUGAUGGGUUAUCGUACACCAACUGGAAAGAAGGAGAACCUCAGUAUAUAAGUAGCUGUGUGUACAUGGAUGAGCAGGGAACAUGGAGCCUGGCCAAUUGUGAUCACAAAUUGCCUGGAGCUAUCUGUAGCUUCAAUACUCCAUCAUCCAAACCUCACAAGUGGAGCUUGAAUAGCACUUGCCCUAACUCAGUAGGUGACUCUGAUUGGAUCGCAUUCCGUGACUACUGCUACUCCUUCCACAUGGAGGUUAAUGUGGGUCAGAAGGAUGCAGCCAAGAGAUGCCAGAAAGUCGGUGGCGAGGUGCUGACCAUUGUUGAUGAGACGGAAAACUUAUUUGUAUGGGAGCACCUGCAGACAUAUGAGAGUCAGUCCAAGGGGGCCUGGCUUGGCAUGUCCUUCAGCAUCAAAGAAGGUUCCCUUGUAUGGAAUGAUAACACUCCAGUAAAUUACUCCAAUUGGGGACGACAAGACUCAGGACCCAGUCUACUGAGCCCAAACUCUUGCUACUGGAUUGAAGGAAGCAAUGGAGUGUGGAGCCUGGGUUCUUGCACCAACAUCAGCAAGGGUGUAAUUUGCAAAUUAUCUAGAGCAGAAGAAACCAAAUUGGACAGAUCUGUUCUACCACAGCACAGCACUGCAGUGGCGGUUGUAGUGCUCUCCACCUUCGCACUGUGUAUCUUAAUCGUUGUCAUCAUCUACCUGUACCGCCGCAGGAAGCUCGCAGCUCAGCAAGGAGCUUUCGAGAGUGCCAGAUACAGCCGCACCAGUACCGGCCCAGAUGGAUCAAUCGACAAAAACAUUCUGGUGUCAGAUAUGGAAAUGAAUGAACAACAAGAUUAAUAAAGAGGGAGAACAGCCAUCAGGGAAAAAAAACUUUUCAUUUUUUCAACCACCGAGGUGGUGUUUGAUAACAGAGGGUGCAGGAUGCCCCUUUCCGAAAUUGAAUGUGUACAUUGUCAGUGUUAUUUGGGGGCUGUUGAGCAUUGCUGAGCAAUGUAUUGCAAGUUACUCCAACAUCAAGAAGCCAUAAUUAUGGGCAAGAACCCUGAAAACAGUCCCCUUGUGCCAUCUCAUAUCACCCCACAUAGGAAAUCUAGCUCAAGAUGCGUUCACUCUUAGAAGCGAAAGACAAUAAAUAUGGGGUAUUGGGGUAAGUCUUACUGGCAGUGUACAUGUGUACUGUUAGCUUAGGACCAAAAUGACUGCCAUAUUGUUCUCUAUAUCAUUUUGUAAAUUCUCAGUAUUUCUUCUCGUCUGUUUACUCUGCCUGUGCCAUGUCAUUAUCCAGUAGAUUAUUCUCUUUAUCUUAAGCUUUUUUUUGUAAAAUACAGACCAAAAAUGUGCCUGGUGCCCGUGCUGGGUGGGAAAUUUUAUACUGCACUUUGCCAGCAAUUGUAUUAAAUUGCUCAUAGAAGCUAAGAGUGAACGCACCUUGAUAAAAGCUCAUCUCACAAACCAAAUGAAGUGUCUCAGGUGGUGUACGGAGAAUGUAGGUUAUCUCCUCUCUGCGGUGAUGCCAUGGCGAGAGAGAGAAUGUUUUUCCCCAAUACCUCCAUCUCCCAUUCAUGUGCCAAUGUUUGGACAUCUUCUGGAACAAAGGAUUGACAUAGUCCAGGGUCCCAUAUGCAAGAGCACUAUGUGCUAAUUUCCAGGGGCUUUAGACAUAAGAGGACUAUAUAUGUAUGCCCAUAUGUCCAGGCCUGGCAUAUAGGUAUAUGGCCAAUGACAAUAAACGUGAACGCAAUUACUUGUAA